GCUGCCGCUGCGCUCCGUCGACCUUCCGAGUCUCCUUCGGCUCCAUCUCCGCCAGCGGCCCGGCAACGACCGUCCCUCUCCUCCUCUCAUCAUGGCACCCAGGAAGUUCUUCGUGGGCGGGAACUGGAAAAUGAAUGGCGACAAGAAAAGCCUGGGCGAGCUGAUCCAAAAGCUCAACGGGGCCAAGAUCCCUGCCGAGACCGAGGUCGUUUGUGGUGCUCCCUCCAUCUAUCUCGACUUUGCCCGCCAGAAGCUUGAUGCCAAGAUUGGUGUGGCUGCCCAGAAUUGUUACAAGGUGGCUAAAGGAGCCUUCACAGGAGAAAUCAGCCCAGCCAUGAUAAAGGAUAUUGGUGUUAAUUGGGUGAUCCUGGGACACUCUGAGAGAAGGCAUGUCUUCGGCGAGUCAGAUGAGCUCAUUGGACAGAAGGUGGCCCAUGCCUUGGCUGAAGGUCUUGGCGUCAUCGCAUGCAUUGGGGAGAAACUGGAUGAGCGAGAGGCUGGCAUCACAGAGAAGGUGGUGUUCGAACAGACCAAGGCUAUUGCUGAUAAUGUGAAAGACUGGAGCAAAGUGGUGCUUGCCUAUGAACCAGUUUGGGCCAUUGGAACGGGCAAAACUGCAACUCCCCAGCAGGCCCAGGAAGUUCAUGAGAAAUUGAGGGGCUGGCUGAAGAGCCACGUGUCUGAUGCUGUUUCACAAUCAACUCUAAUCAUCUACGGAGGUUCAGUCACUGCUGCCAAUUGCAAAGAGCUGGCUACCCAACAUGAUGUGGAUGGCUUCCUUGUCGGUGGCGCCUCUCUCAAGCCUGAAUUUAUAGACAUCAUCAAUGCAAAACACUGAAACUGCAGAGUUGGAAGCCGAGGUGGGGUUGGGGGAGGGGGACAGCUGGACCCAUCGUAGGUGGGGAUAGAUACUGUAAAAAUAUGCACUCACCCUCUGCAUUCAAAUGAAAUGGCCUCUUCCCUCACAUCCAUGUUUCCCACACUUGCCGUUAAUUGUUCAAUUCUGCUGCUCAAUACAAUGGUUGCCAAUUACGUUUUAUCAGUUAGCCAAGAGCAUUGGAAAGACAGGGCUUUGUUCACUUGCCUUCCUCUUGUGGGUAGGGUUUCCUGCGUUGCUCUUGUCCCCCCCCCCAACUAGGUUACGCAGAGGUCAGUUUUCUGACCCGUGUCUGUAGGACUGCUUCCCAGGGCUACCUCCCUGGCUGAGGAAGGGGCCUUGCCUCUUGUUUUGGCCACAUAAGUGUGGAUGCGGCGUGGCUUGUAUUGUUUGUAAGAUGUCUUGUCUGUUCCAUGUCCCCUAAGCCCACAAUGAACAGAAAUAAACAAAAGGGAAAAGAGA